AUGGAGGCUAAUAGUAGUUCGGGUGUAGCAAACAAUGUGGCUCGAGCCAUCGUUGCAGCUCUCAACUGGAACUCCACUCCCGAUGAUCGCAAAGCUGCUGUUUCUUACCUUGAUUCUAUUAAAACAGGAGAUGUACGAGUGCUGGCAACCACGUCAUUGCUACUUGUUGAAAAGGAUUGGUCUUCCGAAAUUCGGCUGCAUGCUUUCAAGAUGCUGCAGCAUUUAGUUCGGUUGCGGUGGGAGGAACUCAGCUUGACGGAGCGCAGGAACUUUGCGAAUGUAGCUGUUGAAUUGAUGUCUGAUAUCACAAAUCCUUGUGAAGAAUGGCCAUUGAAGAGUCAAAAGGCUGCACUAGUUGCUGAGAUUGUAAGAAGAGAAGGUAUAGAACUAUGGCAAGAACUGCUGCCUUCUUUGAUUUCCAUAUCCAACCAAGGUCCUGUGCAGGCUGAGUUGGUUUCAAUGAUGUUGAGGUGGCUUCCAGAAGACAUUACAGUUCACAACGAAGAUUUGGAAGGUGAUCGUCGGCGCCUAUUAUUGAGGGGGCUUACAGAGUCUUUACCAGAAAUUUUGCCAUUGUUAUAUACUCUACUAGAACGGCAUUUUGGAGCUACAUUGAGUGAAGUGAGUAGGCAGCAGAUGGAUGUAGCCAAACAGCAUGCUUCAACUGCGACAGCUGCUUUGAAUGCUAUUAAUGCAUAUGCCGAGUGGGCUCCUUUGGCUGAUCUAGCUAAAUUCGGUAUAAUCAAUGGGUGCGGGUACUUGCUUUCAGCUGCAGAUUUCCGUCUUCAUGCAUGUGAAUUUUUCAAACUUGUCUCUUCAAGGAAAAGGCCUUCGGAUACUUCUGCUUCAGAAUAUGAUUCUGCAAUUAUUAGCAUCUUCCAGAUUCUUAUGAAUGUAUCUAGAGAAUUUUUGUACAAGUCUACCUCAACCGCCAGUACUGUGGAUGAGGAUGAAUUCGAGUUUGCUGAAUACAUAUGUGAAAGCAUUGUGUCUUUGGGUUCUACUAAUCUGCAAUGCAUUACCGGAAACAGCACUAUACUAUCUAUUUACUUACAACAGAUGCUUGGAUUUUUCCAACAUUAUAAACUCGGUCUCCAUUAUCACGCCCUGCUCUUUUGGUUGGCACUAAUGAGGGAUUUAGUGAUGAAGCCAAAAGUUACAUCAGCCCCAUCAGGCGAUGGGUCUGGUUCUGCUCAGCUUGACAAUGAUAAAAAAAUGAUUUUGAGUCUUGUUACUGAUGAUAUCUGUGGUUCAAUCCUAGAUGUCUCUUUCCAGCGUAUGAUUAGAAGAGAGAAAAUAUUUCCUGGGGCUUCUUUUGCUCCAGUUACACUGGAGUUGUGGAGUGAUGAUUUCGAAGGGAAGGGAGACUUUAGCCAGUAUCGUUCUAAGCUAUCAGAGCUCAUUAAGCUUAUUGCAUCCUUGAAGCCCAUAUUAGCUAGCAGUAAAGUGUCUGACAGAGUUUUUGCAAUCAUUACUUCUCCUGUUCCUCUUCAGGACCUAGCUAUGAUGGAGAGCUUCCAAGUCUCUCUAGAAAAUAUAGUUACUGCUGUAUUUGAUGGAUCAAAUGAAUUUGCUGGGGGCAUUACUGAACUCCAUCUUGCAUUAUGCAGAAUAUUUGAAGGUUUACUUCAGCGGCUUCUAUCCCUAAACUGGUCAGAGCCAGCUCUUGUGGAAAUCCUAGGCCACUAUCUGGAUGCAUUGGGCCCUUUCAUGAAGUACUAUCCUGAUGCUGUUGGGGGUGUCAUCAACAAACUAUUUGAGCUUCUAGCAUCUCUCCCUUGUGUUAUGAAGGAUCCCUCAAUGAGUGGUGCAAGGAAUGCAAGGUUACAGAUAUGUACUUCCUUCAUACGAAUAGCAAAAUCUGCUGAUAAAAGCAUCUUGCCUCACAUGAAGGGUAUAGCAGAUACCAUGGGUUAUAUGCAAAGGGAGGGCUGUUUGCUUCGCAGUGAGCACAAUCUUCUGGGAGAAGCAUUCCUUGUCAUGUCUUCUGCCGCUGGGCUUCAACAACAACAGGAGGUUUUGAACUGGUUACUCGAACCAUUAAGCCAGCAGUGGAUGCAAUUGGAAUGGCAAAACAAUUAUUUGUCCGAACCAUUAGGCGUAGUUCGUUUAUGCUUGGACACAUCAUUAAUGUGGUCAAUUUUUCACACAGUCACGUUUUUCGAAAAGGCGCUUAAAAGGAGUGGAUUCAAAAAGGGUAAUUUGAACUCAGAGAACAGCUCUAUGCAGCAUCCAUUGAGUUCUCAUCUAGCGUGGAUGCUACCUCCUCUCUUAAAACUUCUUCGUGCUCUGCAUGCCCUUUGGUCUCCAUCUAUAUCUCAAACUUUACCAGCAGAGGUAAAAGCUGCCAUGAUAAUAACUGAUGCGGAGAAAUAUAGUCUUCUUGGAGAAGGUAACCCAAAAAUAUCGAAGACCUCGCUUACUUUCACUGAUGGUUCUCAAGCCGACAUAGAGACAAAUGAGAUUGAUAUAAGGAAUUGGUUAAAAGGAAUCAGGGACAGUGGUUACAACGUGUUGGGCCUGGCAACAACAAUUGGGGAUCCAUUUUUCAAGUGCUUUGAUGUGGACUCAGUUGCAUUGGCACUCAUGGAGAAUAUACAGUCAGCAGAGUUCAGACAUAUGAGGCAGCUCAUUCAUUCAGUGUUGACUCAUUUGGUGAAAUCUUGCCCUCCAGAAAUGUGGGAGAUAUGGCUGGAGAAGCUUCUCCAUCCUUUACUCAUUAACCUGCAUCAAGUCCUCAGCUUCUCUUGGUCCAGUCUUUUGCACGAAGGCAGAGCUAAAGCUCCAGACGUGCAGUGCAUCGUUGCCACGUCGGACUUGAAAGUGGAAGUAAUGGAGGAGAAGCUACUCCGAGAUUUAACUCGGGAGAUGUGCGCUCUUCUAUCAGUCAUGGCAUCUCCAGGCCUUAAUACUGGACUCCCAUCUUUAGAUCAAUCCGGGCAUAUUAACCGUUUGGUGGAUACUUCUUCUCUAAAGGACUUGGAUGCUUUUCUCUCCAACUCUAUGGUCGCUUUCAUGUUGAAGAACAAUAGAUUGGCCAUUCCAGUGUUGCAGAUAUGUAUAGAGGCUUUCUCAUGGACGGUUGGCGAGUCCAUGACAAAAGUUUCUUCUUUUUGUGCUGCUGUGGUUGUUUUAUCAAUCUCGACAAGAAACAUCGAGCUACAGCAGUUUGUCUGCAAGGAUCUUUUCUCGGCAGCCAUCAAAGGUUUGAUGCUCGAGUCGAAUGCUAUAAUCAGUGCAGAUUUGGUUGGCCUUUGUCGCGAUAUCUUCAUAUAUCUUUGCGACAGGGAUCCUGCUCCUAGACAGGUUCUACUCUCUCUUCCAUGCAUUUCACCUCUCGAUUUGGCUGCUUUUGAGGAAGCUUUGACCAAGACAUUAAGUCCAAAGGAACAGAAGCAGCUCAUGAGGAGUUUACUCAUGGUAGCUACUGGGAACAAGUUGAAGGCUCUUGCUGCCCAGAAAACUGUAAAUAUCAUCACAAACGUUACAGCAAGGCCUCGUAGCUCAGUAACUGCUGCCACAGAGGCAAGAAUCGACGAUGGAGAGCCCGUGGGUCUGGCAGCUAUAAUGUGA